GAGCGUGCCUCGGUUGUCAAACAUGGCUGAACUGCCGCUGCUGCCGCUACUGCUGCUGCAGGGAAAAUGCUGAGCCCUCCCGGGCCCGGUGGGCGGCGGCGGCGAGGGCGGCGACGGGCACCCGCUUCCCGGGCGCGGCGGCGGCGGCCAUGGCCCGGCUGGCCGACUACUUCAUCGUAGUAGGUUACGAUCACGAGAAGCCAGGGUCAGGAGCAGGUCUGGGGAAAAUAAUCCAGAGAUUUCCACAGAAGGACUGGGAUGAUACACCUUUUCCACAGGGAAUUGAAUUGUUUUGUCAGCCCAGCGGAUGGCAGCUGUCCAGAGAGAGGAAGCAGCCGACGUUUUUUGUGGUGGUCCUAACAGAUAUUGACUCAGAUCGACAUUACUGCUCAUGCCUAACCUUCUAUGAGGCAGAGAUCAAUCUUCAGGGAACAAAGAAGGAAGAGAUUGAAGGUGAAGUGGAAGUGUCUGGUUUAAUUCAGCCUGCAGAAGUGUUUGCUCCCAAAAGCCUGGUGUUGGUAUCCAGAUUAGAUUAUCCAGAAAUUUUUAGGGCUUGCCUGGGUUUGAUCUACACUGUAUAUGUGGACAGUCUGAAUGUCUCUUUGGAAAGCCUCAUUGCAAAUCUGUGUGCGUGCCUUGUCCCAGCGGCUGGAGGGUCUCAGAAGCUGUUUUCCUUGGGUGCAGGAGAUAGACAGCUGAUUCAGACUCCCUUGCAUGACAGUCUUCCUGUUACAGGCACUAGUGUGGCUCUCCUGUUCCAGCAGCUCGGAAUUCAAAAUGUCCUCAGCCUCUUUUGUGCAGUCCUCACAGAAAAUAAGGUUCUCUUCCAUUCCGCAAGUUUCCAGAGACUUAGUGAUGCUUGCAGAGCUCUGGAAUCUUUAAUGUUUCCUCUUAAAUAUAGUUACCCUUAUAUUCCUAUUCUCCCAGCUCAGCUAUUGGAAGUUCUAAGUUCUCCAACACCUUUCAUUAUUGGAGUACAUUCUGUCUUUAAAACUGACGUCCAUGAACUUUUAGAUGUAAUCAUAGCAGAUUUGGAUGGAGGCACUAUUAAAAUUCCUGAAUGUAUUCACCUCUCUUCCCUCCCGGAACCACUUCUGCAUCAGACUCAAGCAGCUCUUUCUUUGGUUCUGCACCCAGAUUUGGAAGUGGCAGAUCAUGCUUUUCCCCCUCCACGAACAGCUUUAUCCCACUCAAAAAUGCUGGAUAAAGAAGUACGUGCAGUUUUUCUUAGAUUAUUUGCACAACUUUUCCAAGGAUAUAGAUCGUGCCUACAACUUAUAAGAAUUCAUGCAGAACCAGUAAUACAUUUUCACAAGACAGCUUUCUUGGGGCAGCGUGGUUUGGUUGAGAAUGAUUUCCUUACUAAAGUUCUCAAUGGAAUGGCAUUUGCAGGUUUUGUUUCAGAAAGAGGCCCUCCCUAUAGAUCCUGUGAUCUCUUUGAUGAGUUGGUAGCUUUUGAAGUAGAGCGAAUUAAAGUUGAAGAAAAUAACCCAUUGAAGGUGAUAAAGCAUGUCAGAGAACUUGCUGAGCAACUAUUCAAAAAUGAGAAUCCAAAUCCUCAUAUGGCAUUUCUGAAAGUUCCACGCCCAACAGAAGGAUCCCACUUGCGAGUUCAUAUUCUGCCUUUCCCAAAGAUUAAUGAAACCCGGGUGCAGGAAUUAAUAGAGGAACAUUUUGCUAAGAACCAGAAUGCACCUCCUGCUUCACGAGUGGAAAAGAAAUGUGUUGUGCCGGCAGGUCCACCUGUUGUUUCGAUAAUGGAUAAGGUGACAACAGUUUUCAACAGUGCACAGAGAUUGGAAGUUGUUAGAAACUGCAUCUCAUUUAUAUUUGAAAAUAAAACAUUGGAGACUGAAAAGACCCUUCCUGCUGCCCUGAGAGCCCUUAAAGGAAAGGCAGCAAGACAAUGUCUCACUGAUGAACUGGGUUUGCAUGUCCAGCAAAACCGGGCAAUAUUAGACCAUCAACAAUUUGACUACAUAAUAAGGAUGAUGAACUGUACGCUACAGGAUUGUUCAAGUUUAGAGGAAUAUAACAUUGCUGCAGCAUUACUCCCUUUGACCAGUGCUUUCUAUAGGAAACUGGCGCCUGGAGUCAGCCAAUUUGCUUACACCUGUGUGCAGGACCACCCCAUCUGGGCGAAUCAGCAGUUUUGGGAGACAACCUUUUACAAUGCAGUGCAGGAGCAAGUUCGCUCACUGUAUCUCUCAGCCAAGGAAGACAAUCAUGCCCCAUAUCUGAAGCAAAAGGAUAAGCUUUCUGAUGACCAAUAUCAGGAGAAGACAGCAAUGGACCUGGCAGCUGAGCAGCUCCGUCUGUGGCCUACUCUGAGCAAAUCAAGUCAGCAAGAGCUGGUGCAGCGUGAGGAAAGCACUGUCUUCAGUCAGGCCAUUCACUUUGCAAACCUCAUGGUCAACCUUCUGGUUCCACUGGAUACAAGUAAAAAUAAGCUUCUAAGAACGUCGGCACCAGGCGACUGGGAGAGUGGGAGCAACAGCAUUGUCACAAACAGUAUUGCAGGAAGUGUAGCUGAGAGCUAUGAUACAGAAAGUGGAUUUGAAGAUUCAGAGAAUAAUGACAUUGCCAAUUCUGUUGUGCGUUUCAUAACCCGAUUUAUUGACAAGGUUUGUACAGAGAGUGGAGUUACUCAGGAUCACAUCAAGAGUCUUCAUUGCAUGAUCCCAGGAAUUGUAGCUAUGCACAUUGAGACCCUCGAAGCAGUGCAUCGAGAGAGUAGAAGACUUCCACCUAUACAGAAGCCCAAGAUUCUUAGACCUGCUCUACUGCCAGGAGAAGAAAUUGUUUGUGAAGGUCUUCGUGUCCUACUGGAUCCUGAUGGAAGAGAAGAAGCUACCGGGGGCCUUCUUGGAGGCCCCCAGCUGCUGCCAGCAGAAGGAGCCUUGUUCCUCACCACAUACAGAAUUCUGUUCAGAGGGGCUCCCCAUGAUCAGCUAGUUGGCGAGCAGACAGUUGUGCGAAGUUUUCCCAUUGCCUCCAUCACCAAGGAAAAGAAGAUUACAAUGCAGAACCAGCUACAGCAGAACAUGCAAGACGGACUGCAGAUCACAUCAGCAUCUUUUCAGUUGAUUAAAGUAGCAUUUGAUGAAGAAGUGAGUCCAGAAGUAGUAGAGAUUUUUAAGAAGCAGUUGAUGAAGUUCCGUUAUCCUCAGUCCAUUUUCACCACCUUUGCUUUUGCUGCUGGACAAACUACCCCACAGAUAAUUUUACCCAAACAGAAGGAAAAGAACACUUCCUUUCGCACUUUCUCAAAAACGAUUGUGAAAGGUGCCAAAAGGGCAGGGAAAAUGACAAUUGGGCGUCAGUAUCUAUUGAAGAAGAGGACAGGGACAAUUGUGGAAGAGAGAGGGAAUCGUCCUGGAUGGAAUGAAGAAGAUGACAUAUCUGGAUCCUCUUCAAAAGGAAGUUUUCAAUCUUCUACUUUGAGCUAUAUCAUUUCUUCAAAACCUGUUUCUGCCAUCACAGUUUCAGAUGAAAGUGAACUCCCCACAAGCACCACUCUGAAGGCCUCAGAGAAGUCUACGAUGGAACAGUUGGUAGAAAAAGCUUGCUUCCGAGACUAUCAGCGUUUAGGUUUGGGAACCAUAAGUGGCAGUUCUUCUCGCUCAAAACCAGAGUAUUUUCGAAUCACUGCCUCCAACAGGAUGUAUUCACUCUGCCGGAGCUAUCCUGGCCUUCUGGUUGUACCUCACGCUGUACAGGACAGUAGUUUACCAAGAGUAGCCCGCUGCUAUCGCCACAAUCGCCUGCCUGUUGUAUGCUGGAAGAACUCAAGAAGCAGUACCCUUCUCCUCCGAUCUGGAGGGUUCCAUGGCAAGGGAGUAGUUGGGCUUUUCAAAUCUCAGAACUCCCCUCAGUCAGCUCCUACCUCCUCUUUAGAAUCUUCCAGCAGCAUAGAACAAGAAAAGUACUUGCAAGCCUUACUGAGUGCAGUUUCUGUCUAUCAGAAACUCAGUGGUAAUAACACGCUUACUGUCAGGCCAGCACUUGCUCUGUCUCCAGGGCCUGAAAGGAGGACUUCAAGAAUGUCCACUGUGCUUAAGCAGGUAGUGCCAGGACAUUUGGAUGUAAACCCAUCCAAUAGCUUUGCUCGAGGAGUGCAUGGGUACAGAGAUAAAUGUUUUACUCAGUCAAAUCCCAAAUCUUCAACUAAGGGAAGAGUCCAUAAUCAAGGUGUAUGGGCAAGUCUGCGCUCUAGCACUCGCCUGAUCAGUUCUCCAACGUCCUUCGUUGAUGUUGGUGCCCGGCUGGCCGGCAAGGAUCACUCAGCCUCCUUUAACAACAGCACCUACCUGCAAAACCAGCUCUUGAAACGCCAAGCAGCCCUUUAUAUAUUUGGUGAAAAGUCACAACUAAGGAACUUUAAGAUAGAAUUUGCUUUAAAUUGUGAGUUUGUUCCUGUUGAAUUUCAUGAUAUCCGACAAGUGAAAGCCAGUUUUAAAAAGCUGAUGAGGGCUUGUGUCCCAAGCACCAUUCCUACUGACUCAGAAGUGACCUUCCUAAAAGCCCUGGAAGACUCUGAAUGGUUUCCACAGCUUCACAGGAUAAUGCAGCUAGCUGUGGUUGUAUCAGAAGUGCUUGAGAAUGGUUCCUCGGCUUUGGUCUGUUUGGAAGAAGGCUGGGACAUCACCGCACAAGUGACAUCCCUGGUUCAGUUACUCAGUGAUCCCUUUUAUAGAACACUUGAAGGCUUCCGGAUGUUGGUCGAAAAAGAGUGGCUCUCUUUUGGCCAUAAAUUCAGUCAACGGAGCAGCUUGACCCUCAACUGUCAGGGUAGUGGUUUUACUCCAGUCUUCCUCCAAUUCUUAGACUGCGUACACCAGGUUCACAACCAGUAUCCAACUGAGUUUGAAUUCAAUCUCUAUUACUUAAAGUUCUUGGCUUUCCACUAUGUAUCUAAUCGCUUUAAAACAUUUCUCCUGGAUUCAGACUAUGAAAGAUUAGAGCACGGAACUUUAUUUGAUGACAAAGGAGAUAAACAUGCCAAAAAAGGAAUUUGUAUCUGGGAGUGUAUUGACAGAAUGCACAAGAGGAGUCCCAUUUUCUUUAAUUAUUUAUAUUCACCAAUGGAAAUAGAGGCCCUGAAGCCCAAUGUAAAUGUCUCCAGCCUCAAGAAGUGGGAUUACUACGUAGAGGAGACCCUUUCCACAGGGCCUACGUAUGACUGGAUGAUGCUGACCCCCAAGCAGCUCCCCUCUGAGGACUCUGAACUGGCCGGAGAUACUGGGCCCCAGAGCCACAGGAGAACAGUGUGGCCGUGCUAUGACGAUGUCAGCUGUUGUCAGCCGGAUGCGCUCACCAGCCUCUUCAGUGAAAUUGAAAGAUUGGAGCAUAAACUGAACCAAACCCCUGAGAAGUGGCAGCAGCUGUGGGAAAGGGUAACCGUGGACCUUAAAGAAGAGCCCAGAGCAGACCGUCCCCAGAGACACCCUUCAGGCUCCCCUGGAAUUGUGUCCACCAACCUACCUUCCUAUCAGAAGAGGUCUCUGCUGCACCUCCCAGACAGCAGCAUGGGGCAGGAGCAGGGUGCCAGCCCCGCCCCAUCCAAUGGAGUGGACCGGAGAGCAGCCACGCUGUACAGCCAGUACACGUCCAAGAAUGAUGAAAACAGGUCCUUUGAAGGAACACUUUACAAAAGAGGAGCUCUGCUGAAAGGUUGGAAGCCCCGCUGGUUCGUUUUGGAUAUAACAAAACAUCAGCUGCGAUACUAUGACUCGGGUGAGGACACAAGCUGUAAAGGCCACAUUGACCUGGCAGAAGUAGAGAUGGUUGUCCCUGCUGGCCCCAGCAUGGGGGCCCCAAAGCACACAAGCGACAAGGCCUUCUUUGAUCUCAAGACCAGCAAACGUGUGUAUAACUUCUGUGCCCAGGACGGACAGAGUGCCCAGCAGUGGAUGGACAGAAUCCAGAGCUGUAUCUCUGAUGCCUGAUGCCCAUGAUCCACCCAAACAGAAAAGGGAGGAAAGACUCAUGCCGCCAAAUAGGAAAAAAGCGCAUGAGCCGUUGAGGAGCUGACAGCUUCCUGUUGGGUUCUGUUGAAGCAACCCAGGGCCUGAGCUUCUCCUGCCCAGUCUUACCCAGUUCCCUUUCAGCAGUUGCUGUGUUUACUUAGCCUGAGUGGAUGUGCCACACAGGUCUGAUCAAGAGCCCCAGGCACUCCCUGAGUCUUGCACUAGUUGUUCUAACAGGGUCUUAGUGGUUAGGGAUCAGAAGAAUGCUUCCUGAGCCAACUGUCAUCCAUCCCGUAGGCAAAAUGGCUACCACCCACUUGGGUCCUUCUUCACGAAAGUUGGAUCCUUUUUGCUCUCCAAGGUCAUAGUUUCCUUGGAGUGCUUUCUAACAAGCAAAACUCAAAACCCUCCAAGAUUGGUUACAUUCUGCAUAGAGAAGGUUUCCCGUCAGAGGCUCCUGCUCUAGGGCCCGACCUUGGAGAUGCUCAGUUCUCUGGUGCUCCCAGAAGGUUCUUCUUGCUGGGCCAUUGGGGUUCACAUUGGUGCUCAGUGGCAGGAAAGAGGGCCACACAGGAUUAUCCUGAUGGGAAGAUUGUCCAGGGAAUGAUGCAAAACUGACCAGGCCAAUGCAGGGAAGUAGUGCUUCCAAAACCCUGGCUUCUCUGAGGGUCCAGGGCCCUGUGUUCCUGUGUAUUCUUCUGCUCCCUGCCAGCUUCUCACGCGGAAUAACAUGCAGAACGCUGAAUGCACUAACCCACAGAACAAACCCAUGCACUGACCUCCUGAUGAGGACGUUGGAAAGACAGAGCCAGCUGUUCAUGACCACACGCCUGUGACGAGGGCUGGUGUGGACCGCAGCACACUGCGGCUUGAUCAGAAACCCAAACAACACUUCUGCACGUGGACAGUAAGAACUGGUUUUAGAUUUUCUUUACUUUUGGUAACCAUGUGUUUGAUCAGCUUCAGAUCUGCGGAAUGCUGUUCGUUCAUGAGGAACAGAAGCAGCAUCUCUGAUCCAGGCACUGCGGCCACCUGGAGUCAGAGGUAGCUAGGUCAUUGCAUUUGUUUUGGAAUGUUAAUAUGUUAAAUACCAAACUAAUAUUUCAAAAAUGUGUAUAUAUGAUUUCUGUAUCCUUGUUUUUCAGAUAGUCUGCUUAUAAUUUAAUAUAAAAUUAACUAAACUGAUUCAGUCAUAAGAUUUCAGUAGCGAAAUGGUUCCCUUUCUAAAAACAUAACCACUUUGACUUUGUAGGUUAAAAAUAAAUCAGCUAUUCAAGUUUAAAAUUAUCUACACACUAGGAAAUAGAACUGUUAAUAUAUAAGAAAUUGGGAGAAUAAUAAGAAUGAAGGAUUUUCUAUCAUUUUCAUUUUAUAAAUUGCCACCUGUGAAAAUGGUUUUUGCACAUUAUUUGUAUUUUUUCUUUGUAUAUGAAAUAAUUUUUUGUACUAUGUAAAAUAUGGAGCCCAUUGUACCUUCAGCUAUUUGAAACUACACAGUGCUUCUUUUGUAACUGGAUUCUUUUAACUUUCAUGAAGGCGUUACAUGCCUUACAUUCACUAACCACCUCGAAUUAAACUUAUUUCUU